GAUAUUAUAAAAGAAAGAAAAAAAACAGUGUCUAAAUUGCGGAACUCCCCAAUAGAUGGUGCGCUGCCCUUAUAGUUUAUAUUUUGAUUGAUGGCCGUAAGGCUUCUGCAAUUCAGUCUCUCUCCUCGAAACCACCAACUCAUCUUCUCCAUUUUCGUUCCUCCAUUUUCUCUCUCCUCUUUCAACCUCCAUUUUUCUCACCAUAACAAUCAUCUUUCAUUCUCUGCAAGUGUGCCUGUAAAUUCUCCUCUUUAUAUCCGGCAGUUCAGUAGUCUCUCACCUCCGACGAGAUCGUCGGAGUUACGUCGAUUAAUUAGGUCAUCGACAAUAUCGGAAACGCUGGCGCAGAGAAUCGCUAAAUCGAUUCGCCGCCCUGGCGCUGCUUCGAAAGCUAGGGUUUAUUCCGAUAUUAAUGUGAUUCGGCCGAAAGAUUAUUGGGAUUAUGAGGCUCUUACUGUUCAAUGGGGGGAACAAGAUGAUUAUGAGGUGGUGAGGAAGGUUGGGAGAGGCAAGUAUAGCGAGGUUUUUGAGGGUGUUCAUUGUACUAAUAAUGAGAAAUGUAUUAUAAAGAUCCUCAAACCUGUCAAGAAGAAGAAGAUCAAGAGGGAGAUUAAAAUACUGCAAAACCUUUGCGGUGGACCAAAUAUUGUGAAAUUGCUUGAUAUUGUAAGAGAUCAGCAGUCAAAGACCCCUAGUCUUGUAUUCGAAUAUGUGAAUAAUACUGAUUUUAAAGUGCUGUAUCCUACACUGUCAGACUAUGACAUUCGUUACUACAUCUAUGAACUUUUAAAGGCUUUAGAUUAUUGCCACUCGCAAGGCAUCAUGCACCGUGAUGUGAAGCCUCAUAAUGUCAUGAUUGACCAUGAGCAGCGAAAGCUAAGACUUAUAGAUUGGGGUCUUGCAGAGUUUUAUCAUCCAGGGAAGGAAUACAAUGUUCGUGUUGCAUCAAGAUAUUUCAAAGGUCCAGAACUUCUUGUUGAUUUGCAAGACUAUGAUUACUCUUUGGACUUAUGGAGCCUGGGGUGUAUGUUUGCUGGAAUGAUAUUUCGAAAGGAGCCAUUCUUUUAUGGACAUGAUAAUUAUGACCAAUUGGUUAAGAUAGCCAAGGUACUAGGGACAGAUGAACUGAAUACGUAUCUGAACAAGUAUCGCAUAGACUUAGAUCCACAUCUUGCUACUCUUGUGGGAAGGCAUAGCCGGAAACCAUGGACAAAAUUUAUCAACACGGACAAUCAACAUUUGGCAGUUCCCGAGGCAGUUGAUUUUGUCGAUAGGUUGCUGAGAUAUGAUCAUCAAGAAAGGCCCACUGCCAAAGAAGCUAUGGCGCACCCAUACUUCUAUCCAGUUAAAAAUGCGGAAAGCAGCCGGACUCGUACACAAUGAAUGAAAUUGUAUCCAUGAGAAGGCUAAUUAUCGUAAUGUGAAGAUGAUUUGCAGUUUGCAUUUCUAGUUUCUUCUAUUUGUUAAAGUUGAUUUCAUAUCUAGUGUCUUGUUCCUGAGUUCACAUUUUCAAUUUCAGUACUGGCUUCUUUAGACAGUGAGCUUUAUACAAAUCAGUUCUCAAAAGCAAGGAUUUUCCCCUGAUGUUACAGUUUGUGUAAUCAAGAUUUUAAGCUUUUAAAAUAUUUUUUUGGAUCAAGCAUGUACUGAGGUGUUGGACCCUUAUGGUUUUUGGCAUAUUCAUUGAGUGAGGAGGGUGCUUGAUUGCUCGUUUA